AUGGCAACACCCAAGACACCUCCCAGGCUCCCAUCGCCAGAAGACGAACACACCACUUCUCCAACCACGGGCUUCCCCAAACGUCGCCGCGCCAAACAUCUGAGAGCAGCCGUGUACUGGGAACUCACAGACCGGCGCCACUANCCCCCUUCUCCUGGCACGGGUCUCACAAUCUUCAGCCCGGUGCCCUACCCCUACAAGCCCACAACGAAGCUACCAGGCGCCAGAGACGACGAAACCAGGGUCAUGCAUCUCGACGGCACAAUCGAUUCCGAUGACUCCGACGAUGCUAGAGAAGACGACAAGGAACGCUGUCACGAAAACGGUUAUCCCGUCGCCUCCUCACCCACCUUCAAGAAGCACGCUCGCACAGUCGAAGACCAAGCAAACGACACAGAACUCGCUCAUCACCUCAAUGCCCUCGACCUCGACGCCGACACUCGCAAAUCACAUCACUUGACCGCCAAACACUUGAACAGGAAAGCCAGAAUCAGAAACUCCAAGACUGUUCGCGGGUUCGAGUUCCCUCAGCACCCUGUUGGCCGUGUGCAGAAAAACAAGGAGUUGAACAUGUAUCAGCUGUCGAAGUGGGCUGGUCGGGAUGCAGAGAAGAAGAAAGUGGUUGUCAAGCUCUUGCACGACAGGGGCAGAGAUCGCACCGAAUCAUUGGGACUGUAUGAUCCAUUCGCCAGCCGCUAG